AUGCCAGGCCUGUGGAAAGCAAUCGCCUUGGAGACCCUUCUGGGCUAUGUCUCUUGGUCUCUCUACCAUGGGCUUGGACCCAUGAUCUACUACUUUCCCAUGCAAACGCUGGAGCUCACGGGGCUGGAGUUAUUUGGCGUAGCCUUUCUCUCUCCGAUACUCUUAAUAAUUCCUCCAUUCUGGAAACUCGUUAAUAAGAAGUGGACACUCUCCCUGCUGAAGAUCAUCACUGUUGGCAGCAUAGCCUCCUUUGAGGCUCCAAACGCCAAGCUUCGAUUGGUGGUCCUUGCACUUGGUGUGUCCUCUUCACUGAUAGUGCAAGCUGUGAGCUGGUGGUCAGGAAGUGGAUGGCAAAGGUACCUCAAAAUCUGGGGAUUCAUUUUGGGACAUAUGCUUCUUGUUGUCCUCCGCAUAUGGUACACAUCAUUAAACCCGAUUUGGAGUUAUGAGAUGUCCAACCAAGUGAUACUGACGUUGAGUGCCAUAGCUGUGUUUGACCGCAUUGGCACAGAUGGUGACUACAGUAACUCUGAGGGGAAGAAGCCCAGCGAGGUCACCAAGGGCAUGGCCUCUCGAUCUAGCUGGCUGUUGCCAGGUGCCGCCUUUGGGAGCCUCAUGUUCCUCACACACUGGAUCUUUGGAGAGGUCUCUAUUAUUUCCAGAUGGGCAGUGAGUGGCUAUCCUCAUCCAGGCCCUGAUCCUAUCCUAUUUGGAGGUGUGGUUCUGCUGAGCUUGGCAAGUGGUUUGAUGCUUUCAGGUUCCCCAUGGCUUCAUGAUGCUGGGUUAGCCUGGUGGGUGAUAGGGGCUGCUUCGGCCCUGGGUCUCCUUUUCCUGCGCACAUGGGCUGCAGCGGUUUCUGGAUGUAUGCUGGCAGUCUUCACGGGGUCCAUGUGGCCUCAAGUACUUGGACACCUUGUGAACUCAGGGACAAACCCUGGGGAGUCCAUGGCCACUGCCAUGGCCAUUUAUCUUUUAGAAAUAUUUUUCUGUGCCUGGUGCACAGCUUUUAAGUUUGUUCCUGGAGGUGUCUACGCUAGAGAAAGAUCUGAUGUGCUUUUGGGGACCAUAAUGGUAAUUAUUGGAUUGAGUAUGCUGUUUGGACCUAAGAAAAACCUUGACUUUCUUCUUCAAACAAAUAAUAGUCCUAAAGUGCUUUUGAGAAGGAGUGAAAAAUACAUGAAACUUAUUUUGUGGCUGCUUGUUGGUGUGGGGUUGUUAGGAUUAGGACUACGGCACAAAAUCUAUGAGAGGAAACUAGGCCAAGGGGCACCAGAAAAAGUGGUCUCCGCUGCCAUCUGGCCUUUUAGGUUUGGAUACGACAAUGAGGGAUGGCCGAAUCUAGAGAGGUCUGCUCAACUGCUGAAGCAGACGGGUGCAGACUUUAUUACCAUCUUGGAGAGCGAUGCUUCUAAGCCCUUUAUUGGGAACAAUGACUUAACCACGUGGCUGGGGGAGAAGUUGGGCUUCUAUACGGACUUCGGGCCAAGCACCAGGGAUCACACAUGGGGGAUUAUGGUGCUGUCCCGGUACCCAAUUGUGAGAUCGGAACAUCACCUUCUUCCGUCGCCAGAGGGCGAGAUUGCACCAGCCAUAACUCUGACUGUUAAUGUCUCCAACAAACUGGUGGACUUCGUGGUGACACACUUUGGGAAUCAUGAGGAUGACCUUGACAGGAAGCUACAAGCUAUUGCCGUUUCAAAACUACUGAAAAAUUGCUCAAACCAAGUGAUAUUUCUGGGCUACAUCACUUCAGAGCCUGGUUCCAGAGAUUACUUACAACUUACACAACAUGGCAACAUGAAG